ACCGUUGUAAAUUUUUUAUUUCGAGAUUGCCAAAGAGGCAAAAUGGCGUUAGCAUGGCAGCCAAAUACUGAUGGUUUGGAGCAAAUUUUACAGCUUUUGAAGGAGUCCCAGAGUCCUGAUACAGAAAUACAGAGAGCAGUUCAACAAAAAUUGGAAUCUUUGAACCAGUAUCCUGAUUUCAACAACUAUCUCAUCUUUGUGUUGACCAAGCUCAAGAAAGAAGCUGACGAGCCGACAAGGUCACUAAGCGGUCUUAUCCUCAAGAACAAUGUCAAGGCUCACUUCCACAACUUCCCCCCAGAGGUCACAGAGUUCAUCAAGACGGAAUGUCUGGCCAACAUCGGCGACCCUUCACCCCUCAUCAGGGCGACCAUUGGCAUCCUCAUCACUACCAUAGCGACCAGGGGUGAUCUCCAGAACUGGCCCACCCUCCUCCCAACGCUGUGCCAACUCCUCGACUCAGAAGACUACAACACUUGUGAGGGAUCAUUUGGGGCCUUGCAGAAGAUCUGCGAGGAUUCGGCCGACAUCCUGGAUAGCGACGCUCUCGAUCGCCCACUCAACUUUCUCAUUCCAAAACUGCUGGAUUACUUCAAGCAUGCCUCCCCCAAGAUCAGGUCACAUGCCAUUGCGUGUGUUAACCAGUUCAUCAUUAGCAAGACACGCCUGAUGUUGCAUAUAGAUCCCUUCAUGAAUAACCUAUUUGCGCUAGCAUCAGACGAAGACACAGAGGUACGGAAGAAUGUAUGCAGAGCACUGGUGAUGCUCCUGGAAGUGAGACUAGAUAGGCUCAUCCCACACAUGCAGAACAUCAUUGAGUACAUUCUCUUGAGGACCCAGGAUGGCGAUGAGGCUGUGGCCUUGGAAGCCUGUGAGUUCUGGUUGACAUUGGCAGAGCAGAGCAUCUGUAAAGACAUCCUAGCCCCUCACUUACCAAGGUUAAUUCCAAUCUUGAUCAAGGGGAUGAAGUACUCUGAGAUCGAUAUCAUCUUGUUGAAAGGCGACGUGGAAGAGGACGAGAUGAUCCCUGACAAUGAACAAGACAUCAAACCAAGAUUCCACAAGUCCAAGACUCACGCCCAGCAACAUUCGUUCGAAGAUGAAGAGGGCGAUUCAGCAUCGGACUAUGGCAUGGACGAUGAUGAUGCACUAUCAGACUGGAAUCUUAGGAAAUGUUCAGCAGCUGCCCUGGAUAUGCUUGCCAAUGUCUUCAGGGAUGAGCUGAUGCCUGUCCUUCUCCCGAUCCUGAAAGAAACACUCUUCAGCACAGACUGGGAAGUGAAGGAGUCUGGUAUCCUAGUGCUAGGGGCCAUCGCAGAAGGUUGCGUGAAUGCGAUGAGCAUGCAUUUGCCUGAGUUGGUACCUUACCUGAUCGACUGCCUGUCUGAGAAGAAAGCCCUGGUACGGUCCAUCACCUGCUGGACGCUCAGCCGCUACUCUCACUGGGUCAUCAACCAGCCACACCAUCUCUACUUCCAAAGACUCAUGCAAGAGCUUCUGAGGAGAAUCUUGGACAGCAACAAGCGAGUGCAGGAGGCUGCGUGCAGUGCGUUUGCAACCCUGGAGGAAGAGGCAUGCACGGAGCUGGUGCCAUACCUACCCAACAUCCUGGAGACAUUGGUGUAUGCAUUCAGUAAAUACCAGCACAAGAACCUGCUGAUCCUCUAUGAUGCCAUCGGCACUCUGGCGGACUCUGUAGGCCAUCAUCUCAACAAGGAGGAGCAUAUAGCAAUCUUGAUGCCACCUCUCAUCGCCAAGUGGAACUCGUUGAAGGACGAAGACAAGGAUCUGUUCCCUCUCCUAGAGUGUCUGUCAUCGGUAGCCACAGCUCUCCAAUCUGGUUUUUUGCCCUACAGCGAGCCUGUGUUCCAGAGAUGUGUGUCCCUAACACAGAAGACGCUGGAACAAAUCAUGGCAUCCAACGCCAACCCAGAGAUUGAGCCUCCCGAUAAGGACUUCAUGAUCGUAGCCCUGGACCUGUUGAGUGGACUGGCUGAGGGUCUAGAAGGCCACAUAUCACAGCAUGUGGCUAACAGCAACAUCAUGGUCCUACUCUAUCAGUGUAUGCAGGACAAGAUGCCUGAGGUUAGGCAGAGUUCAUUUGCUCUGCUCGGUGAUCUUACUAAGGCUUGCUUUGAGCUGGUCAAACCAUGCAUCAAUGACUUUCUACCAAUCCUGAGUCAGAAUCUCAACCCAGAGUUCAUCUCAGUUUGCAACAAUGCAACCUGGGCUAUAGGAGAAAUCUCUAUUCAGAUGGGUCCUGCCAUGGAGUCGUUCAUUCCCGAGGUGUUGACACAGCUAACAGAGAUUAUCAACCGACCAAACACUCCAAAGACACUCCUAGAAAACACGGCUAUCACGAUAGGGCGGCUUGGCUUGGUAUGUCCUGCGGCAGUGGCCCCCAUGCUUCCGCAGUUUAUCCGACAGUGGUGUACAUCGUUACGUAACAUCCGUGAUAACGAAGAGAAAGACUCAGCAUUCCGAGGUAUCUGUGCCAUGAUCGCCAUCAACCCAUCAGGCGUAGUACAGGAUUUCAUCUUUUUCUGUGACGCAGUGGCAUCGUGGCAGAACCCAAAGCCAAACUUGAAGGAGAUGUUUGCCAAGAUCUUACAUGGGUUCAAGAACCAGGUUGGUGAAGAGCAAUGGCAGCCAUUCUCAGCUCAAUUCCCACCUCCUCUCAGGCAGAGACUAGCCAUGCAGUACAACCUUUAACAUCAAAACAUGAGCUAUAUAAUGGGAAUCCACCACCACAGGCCAAGGGAGGUCAACGUACUCCUUGGAGGGUAGCGGGAGGGGCCAUUCAGCGGCGAGGGAGGGGCCAGGCAGCGAGGGAGGGCCACCAGCACCAGGGCUCAGGAGGGGUGUCCACCACCACCUGUUAAGGGAGGGGCCAGAGGGGUGCAACUCACAUCAGCAUGGGGGUAGGAUUGAUGUGGGCCUUGGUAGGGGAGGGUAAGCCAGGGGGAGCAAGCUGCGCCCGGGCUGUAGGGCAGGCAGGACAGCUCUCGACAACUCGUUAGAGCUUCGGAGCAAAGGGUGGGACGAGGAACGAUAGAUGGGGUAUGAUUUCAUCUGAGAGAAUCGCACCAACAAGUGGAAGACACCAUGUGUGAGCAGAUCGGCUAUUCUUCUAUUUAUGAGAUCACCAUCAUUAUUUUUCUCUCAGAUUCAUCAACAAUGUGUGAUUAUUCAGCAAUGCUGUCGUCUAAAGCAAAUUCUAAUGAUUAUAUCGCAUAUAUCAGCAUGUAAUGCAGUGAUAACUUCAACAGAUGAAGCGUACGUACAUGAAAAACAUAUAUUUAUCUAUCACAAAUUUCUUGCAGUGAGCUGAGAUAAGUAAGAAUGAAUUAUUUAGAACAUCAUGCGUUUGGUCAGUAAUCAUUGAAAACGUAAUCUCUCUAUUUCAUUUCCAUCACAGGCUUUACAUGUAUGUGUCGUCGUAGUAGUAUACUGUGUUGGCAGUAUUAAGCACUUACGUUAGGCAGUAGAGGAUGGUAUUUCAGUAAGGUUCAUAUAUAUCAUAUUGAGUUACUAAUACUUCAGGGAUUAUCUCCAUUUGUAUUGUGAUGUCAUAAUAUCUACAAGCAAUUAGCAGUCGGUUAAUUGGAUGUUGUCGUAGUUUCAUUGGCUAUUAGUUUUCAAAAUACAACAUGUAGAAAUUACUGUAACAUUUGCUUUAGAAUGAAAUUUAUUUCCAGUACGAUAAGACUCCAUUUGUUCAAUGUAGAGUUUAAGAUAGUAUAUGGUGUGUUGGAGUUAAUUGAUAUAAAACCAGCCUUAGUGUACAUUUAUAGACUUUGUAGUAUCCAUAUUGUUGGCAUCACCUUUGGUAAGCUAUUCAGAAAGGCUAGUAAAAACUAGAUAUUUUUAGAGGUCUUGUGGUGUUGCAAAAAUUCUCUUUGGUAAACUAUUUUGCAAACAUGUACACUUGCAGUGAAAACAUAUUUAAUAUACUCCAUCUACUGAGAGUUCCUUAUUGCAUAUCACCAAAAUAUAUUACCAGUUAAAGGCUUAUGCUUUUUGUUUUGAAUGCAGUGUGGAGAAGAUUGGUAUGUGACCCAUUUUGCUACCAUUAACAUGUAGCUUGAAUAACUAUUAUGGAUAUGUGGCCUGUGAUUUGGUAGCUUAUUCUACUGCAUUUGCAUUCUCAGUGUUAUGUAGAAUUGUGUUAAACCUUGAUCGAGAGAUAUUACAUCAUAUCUUCCUGUGGUUCAGAUUAGUUGUGAUUUAAAAGUUACGAUUGAACAUCCAUUGUUCUGUACGAGCUGCUUAAGUUAACAAAACAUGUCAGUCUGCAGUUUAUGCUGUUUGAUGUGGCAAGGGUAUACACAGUUACUUGUAUUUCUUAAAUUAAUUCUUCUGUAGAAAGCAUUAUCAUUUGCUCUCAUUCGCUGUACUGAGAACAAGCAGUACACUUGUUUACGGAAUUUUUAAAUGGUCUUUAAUGAUACUCUAGCAAGUUUCUUCUUUAAAUCUCUGUAAUUUCUUCAACAGUUUUUGCUCCUUUUCAUUUGUCUCUUUUGCUCAGUGUAACACAGCAAUAAUCUUGCGUGAUUUAGCAUGGUCAUUAAGAGUUAAAUCAAUGCAUAAAAUGUUGUUUCUUGAAAAAAAUGCAAUCUAGAAGUUGAUGAUUGUGAAGUGAUUUCAGAAAUAUUUUACUAUGUAAGUAGAGCUUCGGAUAAGAUCAGUUAUUUAUAUGAUACACUGCCUCUUGGUGAUAAAUCGGCUAGCAAGCACCCAAUAAUUCUGCUAGCACAACAAGUUGGAAUGAUCUGGCCUGUGUAAACGGCAAGUCUGCCUGAAAUAUACGAGAUAUAGAGAGAAAUCAUGUGAAAUUCCCAAUAUAGUCGUACACGAAAGCAUGGAAAUUAAAUCGUGAUAGGUUACAAGUAACUGUUUUGCACUUUGAAUUUAGAAUUACGUAUACAUAUAUAUCUGGCUCCUGUGCAGCCUAGCCUGUUGGUCGUUUUGGAUGUCUUAAGUCACAUCUGGAUUUCCUAGUUAUCGUAAGAUGUACUUAGUUUCUAGUUUGCCUGUCACUUGAUACAGUGUUGCCUGAUGUUUACUGCAUGUUGGAUCGCAUCCCUCAGAAACAAGCAUGAUGGACUUGAGUCCUUUUUCUCUUAAACCUAUAGGUUUGUAUGCGAUAGGAGCAUGAUGGACGCAUGUCCCUUUUCUUUCAAAAGUAUGGUUAUGUGUCUUUGUGAAGCAUGCUGGUUGUAUUGUUAAGUAAACUUAGCCGCUGUGGUUAAGAUUUAAUGUAGAAUUUUUAAGGUAAGAAUAUCUUGUAAGCUUAUUUCAGAGUUAUUUUAGUGUUUAGAAGACCAAAGAGGAUGAAAGAAUUAUUUUAGGAUAUUUUGUAAGAUGGUUGAAAGUGUGUUGCUCGUCAUUCCUUCGGACAAGGCAGCUGGACGAUAAAGAACAGUCUUUUCCAGCUUCAGAUUUUUCUUUCUUUUGUACCAAUAAUCGCAAAAACAGAAAUAAAAAAUGUGUGUAAAGGAUUUACAUUUUUCCACAACUGUGCUGAGCGCGUUGUGCCACCAUUCAUCGAAUGAAAAAGUAUGAUUAUGCCUAUUAUUGAGGAGGGGGUCCAAGUUGUUAAGAAAAAUUGGACUAAAAAGUCUGAUGUAUCUGAUGUAUAAGUACUUCAAGUAUUCCAGGUAUAGUGUGUAUUUAAGGAUCGUAGGGUGAUAAGGAUGUAUGUAUUUUUUAUUAAAAAGAUGUUAUCAUUUGAAAUGAUAGGGCAACUCGUUAGCACAAAAUAGUAUUUGAUGAUGAGUGACUUUUAAGGAUAUACCUCUUUGUAACGUUGUAACUACUACGAAUAUAGCUGCAUUUUUAACUAUGAAGCAUUAAGUUUGUAGGUAUUCAUAUAUGGUGGGGUAGUGUGAGGAAUGCCGUGUAUGUUGGGAAUGAAUGAUCUUUAUUGCAUGUUGAUGAUUGUAUGCAACUUUCAAAGAAAUACUAGAAUGCACGUAUGCAUGUGUCUUGCAAAUGUCUUGGAAAACAAAUUUCAAGAAAAAAUUCAAAAAAUUGUGCGUAUUUUGUAAUUGUUAAGGAUACCAUAGCUGUUACAUUCUUGAGGAGAAUAAGAGUAAUUGGGUGCUUAUUUUAUUAUUUUCUUUUUUGGGUCGAUGUUGCAUCGGUCAAUCGUCGGCUGUAAUGAAUACUGUGAUGUUAUAUUUAAAAUGCAAGGGCAAUAUUCACAUGCAAUAUACAUACUUAAUGUGUGACAGUGUGCAUUACUACUGCAGAAACUCUUGAAAAAAAGUAUUGUGUUGUGCAGAGUAUGAUGCACAAACAACCAGCUAUUUCUUGUUUUUCAGUCUCAAAGGGUGGCUUUUCUUACUCCUCUCGGAAGCGGGAACGUGUCUAUAAUUGUCUCAUUGUAGGAAACGGUGUAAGGGAUUUAGUUAUAUCUUCCUAUCUCUUACUAUUUCAUGUGUAUGGGAAGCCCCAUAUUCUUAACAAGGUUCUGUAAAUCAUGGUUAUUCAAUCUAUCCAUCCUCAAAGAAAAAAGAAGAAUAAUCAGGAGAUAAUACAUCUACUCUUCAUGUGUCUGGAGAGGUCGGUUACCCAGACAGUCUAUUUAAAACAGCAAUUUGAAGAAGUUUACCUGUCAUAUUCCGCAAAUUAAAUUAUGUUCGAGGACAUAAUAAAGGAUGAAUAUUUAUGAUGGUUAAUGCUAUUUGAUGUACACUAUUUGUUAUGUCCAAAGGCAAAAGUGACACCUUUAUUUUUGGAAAGCGCCCAGAUACAAGAACCCUAUCAUACCAUCUGUAACAUUCAUGCCACGACCUUUCCCAUCACUACUGCGUUAAGGCGGGAAAAAGAGAAGAGUUGUUCUGCACCAUGUAUGCCACUGUUCGACAUGAUGCACAUGUUAUGGGUAUGAAUAUCUAGUAUGUUGUUGAUUCCUUGCGGUAUUAAAGUGUAUGGUAGUUAUAAAUGAUCUUAAGAAAUAGUAUGUCUCUCGGACUAUCUCCAAAAAAGACCGCAACCCAAAGUUCCCAGCUCGGUUUUUUCCAAUCUAAUACUGGGUAUGCAUAGGGCCAUGAAUAAUCUUGGAAUGUGAUUUUGUUCUUGUUAAAGGCAGGGUAUUCUACCGACACUUCUUCAGAUUUAACGUAUACUUCCAUCUGCUGCUGACAACGUCCCAGUCAGUCGACAGCAUUUUCAAAGCUGUGUUGGGUUGUUUGGUGUCAUUUCAAAUGCAAAUUCUAUUUUUACCAACUGUUUUCAGAACUCAACUAGAAGCUCCCUCCCUUCAAAUAGAAAAAAAGAAUAGAAAAAGAAUCAGUUUUCACUUUAAUCGCGUUUCCAGGCCACUCGUUAUUGUAGUCGUACUACGGGGUUCCAAGACCAAAACCAGGAUUAAAUCCCGAGGCCGAGGUCAAGACUGAGCCAUCAGUGUGGAUCUCGUGCUGCCUUUCGUAGCACUGAAGCUUGAUAGUCACAAAAUGAUUUAAAAGCCUGUAGCGUUGACAAGGCCUAGGAUUCCAUGGAUUCCCCCUUCACUGCCCUUUUCUGAUGUUUUAAGGACAGUUGGGUAUGUCGCGAUAUAUUAAGAAAGCCAUUUUUGAUGAAUUCUUGACGGCUAGGGGACUUUGGGUUGCGACUCUAAGUGGAUUAGUCUAUGUUUAUAUGUAUGGGGUUACACAGGGUACUAGUUGGAAUCAGGAUUGAAGAAUUAUUUAGGAAUCUUAUUGUAAGGUGCUAGGAUUUAUGUAUUUUGAAAUAAGAGUACAAUAAGAGUUAUAUCAUGUCAUUGUAUCGGGGCUUUCUAUAUGUAUUUUUUUUUUUUUUUAAUUGCCAGGUCUCUAUUUGCCAUGUAAUUGCAGCUCUAAGAUUUUUUUUUUUAAUUGUAAUUUUUGUAAUGGAUUUUCGAUUCUUUAGAGUUCUAGGAAUGUCGGCAAUAAUCUUCAAUUUUUUUGUUUUUGCAUUUGCAUUUGCAUUUGAAAAUUUGGGGCACUGUCUGUAACAUUUUUUUUCUUAAACCUGCGAAAAAUUCUAAGAAGUAAGAAUUGUAUUGAAUUACAUUUUAGUAUGUAUCAUGCAAUAGUAAAACCAAAAAGAAAGCAAAAACUGAAAUGUUUGCUGCUAUACAAAUUUGUGUUGUAAGCUAGCAUUGGGAUGAAGUUGUCAAAUUCUUUGGUUUGAAUGUUUAUCACUAAUAUUUGAAUCUUCAUCAUGUGUAAUCUGUAGCAUGAAUAAGGAAUUAACCUUUUAAUUACGAGAUUCUUUUAUGGGAUUCAAAGUUUUGCAGACUCAAAGACUGUCGCUCUUGUGAUGAACUAAAAGCUGUAUCUUGUGCAGAUUCAUUUCAUUUGUUAAAAAUGAAAGCUACAAUAUGGCAAAGAGUGUCCAAGACAUGUUUUGCUAAAAUCUAAGGUAGAUUUUAUUGAUAGUAAGGUAUGGAUUUGUGACCCACAACUGCUCUAUUUGCAAUCCCAAAUUGCUCUCUCCUAUCUAAAAAUGAACUUUUUAACGUCGCAUAGUUGUAGUUGAAAUUCAAUUAUUUUGUUACGAUAGGCAGCCAUGGGGGCCCAGUAAUAGUAUAUUUUUUCAUGACAUCUGUCUUAUUCUCUGAAGCUUUAAAGUUUACAACGUAUCUUUCAUUUUUUUUUUGUUAACUAGGGUUUAUUUUGUUUCUGUGAUGCAAGGCACCCAGGAUUAUUUUUCUCUUGUGUGUAAUAGGGAACUAGGAAUAAGCCUUAUUUUUUACGAGUAAGUAAGUUUUAUUACUUAAGCUAUCAGUAUUUCUAAGUGCAUUUGAUGUAUGCCAUAAUUGUACAGUAUUUUCUAGUCGAGUUAUAUACAUUCGGUAACGUUAUUUAUUUCAGAGAUAGGAAUUUCCAUGUUUUUAAGUUGUUAUGAAUCAUUUCUAUUGGUCUCCUGUAUGUGAAUGAUAGGUAGUUCAUGAGGAAAGAGUUUAGAUCCGGGCUGUAUGGACAUCUUAAAAAUUUGACCCUGUAUUUCAUUGUAUUGGGCAAAUGAAAGUAAAUUCAAAAUGCGUGCAAGUUGAAUCUCAAAUAUGAUCUAUUUUAGAAUGGGAGUUCAGUUUCAAUCCGUGUCUCUGGAUAUUUUCAUUUUCAACUUCAUGCAGUAGUAAUUUAUGGAAUAGUGGAUUUCAUGUAUUUUUUUCAGUGGAGUUUAAACACUAUGUCAUGACAAAUUAUAGAUUCGCAAAAGACUAUCCAAAUGCAUCUUGCUAGACUUUAUUGAAAUAUCUCUUGAAUUUUGUAUUGUAUGAAGAAUUACAGAGAUUAUUUGAUUUCAAAUGAAUAUUUGCUAACUCUUUGUAGACAGGUUCCUUCAGUACAUGAUUCAAUGACAAACCAUUUUCAAGGGAAACACAAAAUGUGGUCUUUGUAGACAGGUGGUCUGUCCCUAAAGCAGGUUUGACUUUAAUAACACUGUCCCUUACUCUCUCAGAUUGGCAUCUAAUCUUUAUGAACUAUCUACCAACAAAAAUCUUCCUUUGCGAUCAACUCGUCUGUUACAAGCUAGAAGGGCAUUAACUUUGUGUUUAAGUAACACCCUUCUGGCUCCAAACAGAUGAAAUGCAUUAUGCUCUUCGUACUUCUUUUGUUUCAAAUAUGAUUCCUCUAUUAUGACUUUCAGAUGAGUUUGAAUGCAGUCUUUCCGUUGGAAAUCAAUACGAUAGUGAUUGAUCAUGCGAGACAUGUAAUUGUUUAAUGUCUGUUAUUAUUGUGUUACAUAUGUAUUGAAAAAGAACUGUUUUACUGGAGGAUGCAAAGAUAAAGUCUGCAUGAAGCAGGAUAAAAAUGACCAAUAUUAAGGCAUUAUUCAAAUGAUGUUUUAAUACAUAGAUAUGAAUACCGGUAUAUUGCAUUGUAUGGAACACUUGUCAUGUGUAAGGUGCUCCCAAAAUGAAAAGAUCAGUUAUUACAAUAUGAUUAUUAUUAUAUUAUUAUUUAUAUUUUUUAAGGACAGGGCAUAAUUACUUUGGAUCUUCUGUACUUUCUAACCAUAUAUUUUACAUCAGCAUCUCGAUAAAAAGUGACAAAAUUGCAAAAUUAUUACUAAGCACUCUUUGUGAUAAAUUAAAAUAACCUACAAAAGGCUAAUAAAGGUAGUGUAAUCAUUCAGUAGGCAGUCGGGUACAUAGGUUGAUGUAUUAUGCACUAUAUAAAAAUAGAAUAUAAUAAUAUAUGAAAGAUUGCUCAAGAUCACUCUCUUUCUUACAGCAAACAGAUUUAGUUAAAUUGUUUUUUCUUCCAUCAAAUGAAUAUAAUAAGUUCUGGAUAACUUUUGUCGAGGAAAAGGAAGUCACUGUCCGUGAAUUGCCAGUUAUGAUUACAGAUAGUGAUACUAUAGUAAAUAAUUGCAUGAAAUAUCUAAAUGAUAGUUCCAGUUGUAUUUGGAAUAUCAAUUAUGAUUUGAUUUGAACAUAAAGUGUGUUCAAUCCAAUAACUGGGCAACCCAUUAAUUGCUGACUUUUCCUUUUUUCUUAAAAUCAUCAGCUCAGAUAAUGUGUGCAGUAUAUAGUGAUAAAGGGUGCAUUUCAGGUUCGUUAAUAGGUGUGCAAUUUUGUCAAUAGAUUUACAACUCAUCGCUGAAAAUAGGAGAACGAUAGUUAAAUGCAGUGGGGGCAAGUGAAUGCCAUGUUAGAUUAUGCAAUAAAAAAACAAACAAUAUGAACUUUACAGAUAUCAGCUGCACAUGUAAAAUUUUGAAAAUGAAAUUUGGGCUGAAAGUGUCUGAAAUUUACAUUUACUCUUCUAUUCAGAGUGGAGAUGUGGCAUUAUUUUGUUUAUUUCAUCAGAAUGUGUAAUUUCAAAUUGAGAAUUAAUUUACCUUGCAAAUGUUUUUGUUCUCUAUAAUUUUCUUUUACAUACACAAUCUGUGACUAUUUCUCUUCCAGCUCUGCGGAUCUCUCAAUUUUUAGUUCUGUUUUGUGACAAUGAUUGGUUACUACUAUGUUAUAUUACAUGUAGCUUCCUCUGUUUAUCGUGAUCGUUCUAUUUCCCACCGUAAUCUGUCAAAAAUAUGUUCAUUAGCUGCUCUGGGCAAGCUGAUCUUGCAUUUACUACCGGUAUGCACAAUACCAGGAAUUCACUCAUUGAUUACGUAACCAGCUUGCCCAGUGUAGCUAGGAUGGGUACAAACAUUACUGCAAAUCGUCCUAAAGGCCAAUUUCUUUCGAAGAGUGAUUCUGUUACCAGGUUGCAUGAUUACAUGUAGCUUUAAUUUAAGCUUGAUAUUGUUUUUGUUUUCUUUCAAGCAGCUAGGACCAUAUAUAACAUCGAUUAAUAUUUCAUUAUCGCACUUUAUGUGAGUGUAAGAAUAUCUUAAUUGCCCCGAUCAGUCUCAUCUUCAAGUCAUGCUCUUUGAGAAAUGGGUAAUAUUUCAUCUUGUUCUUCCAAGUUUUAAAAUAAUGUGCCUUUUGAGGUGCACAUGUUCAUUAGAGGGUCUGUAUGUAUCGGAAUAAUGUAAGUGUGUGUCACCCUGGAUGUUUCUGCGUGUACAACCAGAAACCCUGCUAUUGUUUGUAGAUUAAACCUUGAAGAAAAUUUAGGGAACUAACUUCCCUCUUUGUUUCUGCAAUACAUUGAUAAGCCUCUCUUUAUAAAGUGUUGUCUACCCCACUAUUUACUUCCAUGCUCUUAAUAAUUUCUCUCUUUAACCUAUACAGAAUAUUGGGCUGACCAGUGGUGUUUUCACUUUGAAUUAUUAGCAUGUUUCGAAGCAGCGCUCUUUCCUCCAGACAUUUAAUGUACUUGAUUCCAAUGCACUAAGGUUUUCCAUCAAUAGUAUUACUGUAUGUAUGGCUAGGAAAUGUCUUUUACUGUUGCAACGAUUGAGUCUUUUCUUGCCUGCUACAAAACGGCGAAGGUGGCAAAAAUGUGUGUUGGUAUCUUUUCUUUAAAACAAAAAAGUAAUGCUAAAUUGUUAUGUUGAUGUUCUGUUGUAUAUGCAUCUACGGAAAAUACUGUACAGGGGCCACAGUAAUUAAUUUUUGUAUUGUUAAGAUAUAAGAUAUCUAAGCUGUAAUUACUUGUAAACUAGGAUAUUUAUGUAUUUCUAAGAAAUUAUGCCAGGGAUUUAAGUAUUAUGUGAGAGACUUACGUGUAAUAAGUGUAUUACUAAGGCUACGGUUAAGGUUAUUCAAGCACACAUAGGAUUGUAAUGGUUGCAGCUUUAAUGUUAAGGUAAGCAUUACAUCGUAUGUGUAUGCAGGCUAUUAAGUUGUACAUCUGUAACUUAAUGAGUAAGUACUGUAAGAGAAGGCAGCUAUAGGGAGGUAAUUAAACUACGACGUAAAGUACAACAA